AUGCAUUACAUCAAUCUUGAGGAUGGACAUAUACCUAAGGUAGAAAGACAAAGGAGACUUAAUCCUAAUACGAAAGAAGUAGUGAAGAAAGAAAUUAUCAAGUUACUAGAUGCAGCAAUAAUAUACCCAAUUUCGGAUAGCCAAUGGGUUAGUCCAAUUCAAUGUGUGCCUAAAAAGGGAGGAAUGACUGUAGUAAAAAAUGAAAAUGGUGGUGAAACUAAUUUCCUACUUGGACCACUACAGGUUGGAGGAUUUAUAUCUUUCCGGAAUGAAACCAAAGAGAAAACCACAUUUUACUUGUCCAUUUGGUUUACAUUUGCGUUUAUAGACGCAUUUGGCCUUUUGGAUUAUGCAAUUGCACCUGCAACGAUUUUCAACGCUUCUAACAUCAUACCUCCAGAUAUGACUUAUGCACAAAAGAAGAAGUUCUAUGCAGAUGCUAAAAAUUUCUUAUGGGGUGAACCAUUCUUAUUUAAGAUAUGCAUGGACGGUAUGAUUAGAAGGUGUCAAAGGGUUGGCAACAUAAGUCGGAAAGAAAAUGAUGAAAAAGAUGAAAUGCCUUUAUCCAACAUACUCGAGGUAGAGAUAUUCGAAGUAUGGGGAAUCGACUUCAUGGGACCAUUCCCUAUUUCACAGGGUAAAAGUUAUAUCUUAGUAGCUGUUGACUAUGUUUCCAAGUGGGUAGAAGCACAAGCUUGUGUCAUAAACAACGCCAAUACAGUGGUCAAAUUCUUAAAAGCAUUAUUUACCUGA